GGUCAAUAAAAGAAUAAAGUCACUGGUUAGUGAUUCAAGUACAAGGAACUUGAUCGUAGUUCAUAUCUGAGUGUCCAUAUGCUGCUCACAGUCAGAGGGGGAGUGCCGGGCCGCGGCUGCUCGCACUAACCGGCGAUGGCUUCGGGAAGACUCAUCAAGCUCGUGGUGUUUGAGCUUCUGGAGUUUGCUGCCUUCUCCAUCCCCACGCUCGUGAUUGUGGAGCAGUUCGCCACUGCCUACCAAAGCUCAAGGAACACGGGAGAGAAAACUCACUAUUGGCUGAUCGUGUCCUGUUCCAUUGCCUAUGUGGCUUCAGUGAGUCUAUUGAUUUGGGUUCCCAUAAAAGUUCUCUUGUACAAGAAACAUCAUCUUUCAAAAAAAAUUAAAGGAUGGAGACCUGUUCUGAUGAUGUGUGUAGUACUCACCACACUCCCCAGUUUCAGCUUUUCUAUAGCAGUGACUGAGAUUCAAAAGAAUAUUAAUGGUUCUGCUAAUAACUUGCCUGACACCUUGCCUGACCUACCAGUCUCUCUGGUUCUGACUUCCUUGAUCGUGGUUGACAUUAUUGAAAAACUCAGGAUAUAUCCUCUUAGAGGGAGGCAAAAAAGUAAUGAAGAUACGCACAUCUCCGCCACCACUUUGCAACGCAUAAAAACUGUGACGGAUCAAGAGAGGCAAAACGAAGGAAACCCUGCGCCUCCCCAGCCAGCCCCAAGGACCACAGCAUCAGCAGCCACAACAUGGAGCCCCGCCCCUGUGCAGGCCCGACCCGAGGAGCCCGAAUUUCAGUCCAAAGUCCUGAGAGCCAUGUCCCAGCGGGACACUCGUGCGGAGAUUUUCCUGUGGAGCUUUCUGUUGUGGUCUGACACCAUCGAAAUGGUGCGUGUGGCCGGCCACCAAGCUGUGUACAAGUCAGCCUGGGUCUACCCAGUCUACCUGUUCAGUUUCAUUUCUCUCCUUCGAAUUAUAUUCACUCCCCAGAACCCUCUUCUAAAUUCCCUGGGCAUCCUGCUCCAGGAUUUACCCUUUAUUUUUGUCAGAUUUAGCUUAAUCAUUGACCUGGGAACUAUCACACCCGUAUUGGGCCUUUGUAAAAAUGUACUGGUGACUCUCUCUUACGUUUACUUCAAUUACUUAACCAAAUACAGGAUUUUCUCCUCCUUUGAAUUGUCUUCAUUUUAAAAGGAAAAAUGUAAUAUAAUUAAACCUCUUUAUAAUGCAUGUGUAUACAUUUGUAAUCUUAUUCUUUUCUGUGGUAUAUGUUUUUGCAUUAUAUAAAGAAAUGAAACUAGAUUGUAAAAAAUAAGCUAUUUUUUUAAAAAUGGUACCAUCAGUUUUUUAAAAUGUGUAUAAAUGGUGCUAAAUUUAAGUAAAUUUAUGUCCUUAUAAGUUGACCCCUGCAUCUCAAGAAAAUAGUAAUUAAUUUUCAUUAUUUUUGUGUACUUUCUUAAAAUGCUCUUUAAUAAAGCCUGUAAAACAAAUGAGAACAUGUUUCCCCACUAAAUUCAAGAGUAAGAUUUUUCUUACUUAAUUAAAUUAAUCAUAUUAUAUUAAAUAUCAUUAUAGGAAUUAAAUAAUUAAAAUUAAUUUCUAGAAAAUAUACCUGGAGUUAUUGAAUAACUUUUAGGUUAUACUUUUUAAAAAUCUGAAUUGUAGUUUUAGGGUCUCCUUCAAACAUAGAAUAAUGUUCUUCAUCCCACUUUGGUAAGUGAAUUUUAUGUGAUUAAUUAUAAUUAAUUGAUUUCAGCAGAAAAAGCAAUUCUGUUUAACAGAUGUUUGACUCAAUUUAAGGCUUAGCUUUUUCAUUAGUACUGAAGUACUAACAUAAAAUAGUUUAAUAUAGUAAAAUCAAGGUACAUCAGCAAUACAUAGAUGAAAUUUUAUAAUAGGGAGCCAUAAAUUCGAGAUGUAGAUAUCAAAGCAAAAUAAUGUUUUGUGGAAUUUGAUACCAUCAUAAAAACAAUCACACAAAAGCCCUGUUUAAACUUGGAAAUUCAACUUACAAAUGCACUUGUUAGUGUUUUAUGUGGUUAUUAUAUAAAAUGCAUAAGUUGUUGUUAACAAUUAGAUACAUAAUUAUGCAAUUUGCCUUCACUAUGUUGGUACACUCUUGAAUAUUCAUAGUAGGGGCUCUUCAUUCUGCAUGAAUUUUCAGAUGCUAGAAGGAUUUGUCAGAGUCUUAUGUGUGCAGAAUGUUUUACAGAGCCAGUCUCUUCAAUGAUCUUUGGGAACAAAUAGCUUAAAAGUGUACAACUGACCUUGCCUGCUUCCCCCUACUCUCCACCAAUGUCCCCAACUCUCUGUGCUUUCUGGUUUCCCCUCACAACUGUCAGGUCUGUUGGCCGCUGUUCAAAGCUUAGCUUCUGGCUUUGACUUUGGGCAAGUUCUUUGACCACUGUAAGCCCUAGGUUCCACCCCAAAAGAUGAGCAAUGACAGAGGUGGAGGGGGAUGGGAGUGGGUGAUAGAGGGAAAGAAGGGAUAAAAUGAAAAAAAAAAAACUUUUUGAAAAGAUACUUUAAUAGGGUUUAGAGGAUUAAAUGAGGGAAGGAAUGUUUUCAUCACAUUGUCUGGCAAAUAAUAGUAACUCAAUAAAUGCUAAGUAUUUUAAUUAUACCAAAUAAAAGAGAGACAGGUAGCUAAAUGCAUUGUUUGAAUUUUCCUUUUGCAUUCUUUUCUGUGUCUCUGCUUACCCUCAAAAAUAAUAAUUUAAACCAUGCACUUAUGAA